AACAGGUCUUGAACACUUCUUCCUUGGGUCUGGUGGUGGUUGUUCAACAAGUUGUGUAGCUCAUCCAGUUCCCCUAGUGGGAUAGCUUGUAUCUUACCCAAGAUGGUUUUGAAAGUGAGUGAAUGACUUGACUGGUCUUCUUGCUCUUUCUUUCAUUUUUUCUCCUCUACUGGCAGGCAGUGGAGAGAAAUUAUUCAUCAUGUGCUGGAACUGGUCAGAUACAGGUGAGUGUAGAGCUCCUUUCAAUUAGUUUUACUUGAUUGUUCAUAUACAAUACAAACUAUUUUGGAAUCAAGUCCCUUCUUUUCUCUCUUACAAGGGAAGAGAGGAAAUGACAACAAACAAGGCUGGUGGGUAACUUAGUUAUGUAGUUUCUGACAGUUAAAGUUCUUUAUUUCACUACAAUACUCAAUGUAACAGGAAUUCCACAUCGUCUCAGUUCCUCGUUGGACGAAUGGUUUCUUGCUCGCCUACCAAUCCGGUGGUCCGAAGUUCGAUUCUCAGCUCUGCCAACGCAGAAUCAAAGGAAUUUGUUUCUGGUGAUAGAAAUUCAUUUCUCGAUAUAAUGUAGUUCGGAUCUCACAAUAAAUUGUAGGUCCCAUUGCUAGGUAAUUAAUUGGUUUCUAGCCACGUUAAAAUAACUAAUCCUUCGGGCUAGCCCUAAGAGAACUGUCAAUCAGCUCAGUGGUCUGAUAAAACUAAGAUAUUGCACCUAACUUUUUCCCACAUUGUCUCUCAGCCCAGACGUCUGGCUGGCAAGUAACCUUUUACUUUACAGUUCAGAGGCAUACAAGUGCGACUCCUUAUGCCCCUCUUUGGCCAGGAAGUGAACCCCCAGGCGAGCUGAACCUCCAGUCGGUUCUAAGGCUUCUCUAGCCUCCCUCCGAGGGUAACUCUCCCUUAUGUUACAACCAAAGGUUUUUUCUGUAUAUGAACAAAUGACAAAUUUUAAAUCACUUUGUAUCUUUCAUAACUAACAAACUACUGCCAACCCCUCAUAUUUUACCUGGGCUACAGAAAAAUGGCAAAUUUUUAAUCAAUUCGUUUUUCUUAUUUUUUUAUAACUAACAAACCCGAGGUCUUAACAAUAGAAUAAUUUUCUAGUACCAGCUGGAAACUGGUUAAAACAAUCAAAGAUUGCAAAGCAAGGAAUCUGUGGCAUCUGGCAACUCAUGCAUGUACAAGGUGGAAGCUGGUCACCGACCGGGCUAGGGACCUCGGGACGCAUCAGUCUUUCUUUGACCACCUUAGAGAGUAUUUCUCACUUUUGAGCUCUCUUUCCCAAGCCAGUUUCUUUGUUGGCCCAUGACUUGUUUGUGCUUUGCUCUCAGUGUGUGUGUCCUUUAUCAUGGAUUCCACCAAGAUUACCAGACCCCUGUCAACGCAUGUGUCCCGGUGUUCCAGGAUUUCCAUGUUCAAGGUUUUGCAGUAGGUGGCGUUCCAGUUUUUUAACUAUCACUGAACUCUUGCCCAGAGUGUUGUUCCUGGCCUGUGUCAGAGUGGAAGGCUUUCUACAAGAAGAGGGAACAUUGUAGAGUAUCUGCUUGUCCUUCUUUGGAAGGUUUCUUGCCUCCCCAAGUGGACAGUUUGGCGUCCCCUUCCAGAAAUUUUCCCUGCUACUUUUGAUGCCCUGUCUCCUUUCUUUUCUUCCAUUGAUUUGUCUUUGGAAGUAUCUGUAGUUACAUGAAUGAUUUUGUGUAUAACAUGGCCCCCCUGUCUCAUGGGAGGUAAUCUCCCCCCUAUGAGAGGUAGGAGGCGACUCUAUCUUCCUUUGUUUCAGGUAUGGAAUUGCACAAGAUGGCAGUCUUUUAUUAGAUAUGAAAAAAACAAUUUGAUUUAAAAUUUGUAAUUUUUCUUAAGGUGCAGGAUUAAAUGAACAAAUUAAUGCAUUUAUAUUAACUGAUGCUUUCCUGGUUGUGCCUGUAAGGGUGGAUAAUGAACAAACACCAUAGGAAACAAUAUGUCCCUGUUGUGGGUCUCUCUCUCUCUCAUACUUUAUUUUUAUUGACAUUACUUAAUGCCGUACAGUAAGGCAGUUCCCGGCUUAUGACAGGUUCCACUUACAACGUUCCGAGGUUACAAUGCUUUUCAAUUAUAUUAAUCAGAAAUUAUUUCCAUGUUUACGACCAUGUUCCAGUGUUACGAUGCCAAUCUGACAGAAGAAAUAUGACUAAAUCCAAAAUAAUCAAUAUUUGAAGUUUUUUUUUUAUAAAAAUGCAAUAAAAAUGUAGUUAACAUAGUUUUAGUACACCCAAAGCAUUAAAAAUAAGGGUUUCUUAGGAUUUUAGACUAUUUUCUGGCUUACGACGCAUCUCAAGAACGGAAUCCUAAGAAACUAAAAGAGAGCGAAAGAGAGAAGUUUCUGUGUGGGAGAUACAGUUUUAGUAUUAGUCCAGGAAGAAGGUCCCUCUUUAUCAUGUACGUUCAAAGGUCCUUUUACAAUUUUAGAAAAGGGAAAAUCUAAAUUAUUAAAUCGAUAUGGGCAAGCACAGAGCAAAGUGGCUGCGUGUAAACUUGCUCGAGAAAUACAACGAACGCCUCAUGCCUGUAGUAACAGUGUCACAGAAAGAAAUUAGUUUUUAGAAAAACUCAGAGGUACGUACUUAAGAAUUUGGAAGCUUUUGAUCAGAGUUUAGAAAAGGAAAUCUUCAACCCGGAGGAAGAGGAGUAGAAGGACAAGGAGGGGGAAGGGGGAGAGGUCUGUCACUCUCUCAUCCCUCUCACCUCCAGAACUGCACACCAUAGGCGAGAUGCAACUUGUCCUCUUGAAGGAGCCAGGUAAGCAAACACAACUUGUUGAGCAUCCACCACCAGUCCAAGGAAAAAGGAGUUCCACUCAAAGGAAGAAAGAUAUAAAUGAGGUACUAAUGAGACCACAUCUAGCUUCCAGUCCGCCAUAUUCUUCAGAGUGUGAUGAAAGUACCAAGCUACUUGCACUGUUCACUCUCCGAGAGAGCAUACAUUGACAUAGUCAUCUGCAGAGGAGUUCCUCAUGACCUGGUAGGACUCGGAGGAAGAGGUGUCAUUAGACACUUCUGCAUUGGGGGUCAGCAUUGGAGAAGAAUCGACAUUCAAUGAAGGAUGUCGAUCCUCCGUAGGUACAGCAACACACCAAUAGGACAAAGUAAUGAUUGAUCUGGAUCAACCAAUAUGUACAAAGUCCAAAAUGCAGGAGAUUGUGAAGGAUUCGCACUCGUUAAUAGAUGCCGAAUGAUUGCACAUCCGAGAUGGAGUCACGACAUAACACCCACCUUUUGAAGGGUGGGUGUUAUGCAAAUCGUCUAUCUUCUUUGCCAGUGCUGGAGGGAGACACGAUGUGGUCUUGGAAAUCAAAACUGUCUGAAGAUUCUCGCUAGGUGUGUACACUCUAGAUGGGAGUCAAAUGCCUUCUAGAGACUGAGGUCCCUGUGAUGGCAAAACAAAGAAGUUUCUUAUCAAUAGCUGAAUCUCAACUAAGGAAAAAAAAAUAUACUUUAGUGAAUGACUAAGGCAAAUGUGAACCUACAUCUUCAUGGUUGAAUCAGAGAGAAGUGAACUUUCACAAUUCUGGUCAUAGAAAAAGUCCCAUCGAUGACACCAACCAGUGAAGACUGCUCUAAUCCCUGGCAUGUUACAAAGGACUAAAUAAAUUAUUCCCCUAUUUUAUUGCUGCUCAGCGAGAAAGUCUGUGCUUGCAAUGAAGGCAGGAAGUCUUUUAGUCUUGAAAACAUAGGGAUUCUACUGCAUGAAGAACUGCUUCUUGUGGGUUUGUCUGAAAAUUCUCACUGAUAAAUGGGUAGUAAAAGACAUGAACCUUAUGCGAGAAUUCUGAGCCAACCAGAGACCUAUGUCUGUGAAACAAUACCAAGACAAACAGAAUCUCAGAGAGAAAGAACUUUACUCCUUGCUCAACUCGGUAAAUUGAGUUGCCUGUUCUUGCAUUCCAGCCAGUCUUACCCGAGUGUUUGGAAAUCACAGAAAACCAAAAUACCGAGAACACCAGAAAUUCCAAAGAAUUCAAUCGUUUAAGCAAGACUCCUGAUUCUUUAAUAACAGUUAUUGGGAAUAUUCUGGAAUGUGUUCACCUUAUAGAACUAUCAAGUGCACUACAGAUACGUACACUUGAGCACCUGCAUGUUAACCGAAACGAGAGGGAAAGAAACCUUGUUCGGUAAUAAUGUCGACCGUGUGGUGCUGUUGGUAAACACCACCACUUCUCAAAAUCAAAACCGGAAACUCAUGGAAGAUCCAAAAGGCUGUCCCGAGUUUCAGGUUAAGAGAAGGUACUAUUCAUCUCGGUCACAUACCAGAAGAACUAAUUUAUAGGUAUGCGCCUAUUACUGGGACGGUGCAACUGUUAACACACACAUGUCGCGAGGAGAAUAUACUAGUAUACUCAUAGGUUCCUGUUAAUCGAGUGUCAGCCUAAUUCUUCUCUAAUGAAGAGAGCCAGGGAGGCAGGGGCCACAAGCAAGAAAAAACCUGGGAAGUUCUGCAACAAGUACUUCAAUAAGGAAGGCUUCAUAGCCCGAUGGAGGGGAGCCUUGAUCCAUAUCACCUUCUUCACCUUCUCCUUCCAACAUAACAGGAUAAAUCCAAAUCUUUAGUGUCUUGAGCAGAAGAAUGCCCUCUCUUAAGAAGACUUAAGAUGUCAGUAACUGACACUGAAUCAGUGCUAGCGAAGGGUCCGUAGUAAUGGUAGGGCUAGCUGUCGCCAAACAUUUGGAAUCUAGCACCAAACGCAUUGGGGAAUAUGUUGAGCGUUCCAAGGAAGGUAAAGCCCAUCCAUGUAUGUACUGAACUCUUGGGUGCUGUAGGGCUGUAUAACUAGAUGCUCGGGCGCUCUACUGGGCACUUGGGAGCUGCUACGAGCUUGGCUUCUCUUAGGCAUUUGGGCACCUCUGGGUGCUCGCAAAGAGAGAGAGGAACGUAUUGAGCAGACGAACGCCUGGAUUUCUGCACAGGAUGUUCUGGAGAAAAGCAUUCUGGGGAAUCCCAGAAACUACACAAAGGUUGCUGCAGUGGCUCUCUAAAUCUCUUGCAAGUCACUGGUGGAGAGCGGACCGAGUCUGCCACAGGCCUUGUCAAUAGCCGUAAUUCAUCACUAAAGUGGCACUGGCUCUUCUUCUCAGGGCUGGAAGCCUCGGACCUCAAGCAGCCUACUCACUUCUGUCUGGAUGCCUUUAUAAUGAUCAUCCUUUGUCACGACCUGGGAUGCUGCAACAGGUCUGACUGAGGGGCGACUGCCUGUGGGCAGAACCCACCAACCUCCCUUUGGUCUCUGGUACGACUGCUCCAAUGCGUAAGGGAGUGCACCUCCUCCACUGACACUUCACUUACACUUUUUCUCUCCUCUUUGUCCAUAAGGACUUGCACUUAAUUUGCUAAGUGCGUUGCUGUAUCCACUAUCAAUCCCGUCUUGAUGUCGAAAUUACAUGCAAUCUUCAACUCUAGGCUGACAGGGGGUCGGGUUUGAAAGCAAGGGAGCUUGAUAAAGGAGCGGGUUGAAUAGUCAAAGGACUGGGAACAGGUGACACAGCAGGAGCAAGCAUAAAAACAAUAGGAAUAUGAUCAUCGGAAGACUUGGCAGAACUAUCUAGUCUUGCAAUCUACUGUCUUAAUCUCGGCUCUAGUGACCGCCUCACAUUUUCUAUCCGUCUAAUUUUGUUAAAUGAGAACCCACUCUGAACAUUCAUCACAGGUUCCCCUACAUUCUAUACAUAAAUUGUGAAUAUUGUUAGUCAUACUUCUCUUUUUAGUAAGUCUUGUAUUGCAGCAAAAGCUAGUAGCACUAGUGUCAGACAUACUGAAAAUAACAAGUCAACAAUCAAAUGUCAAAAUUUAGGUAAAAGCCCAAAGUUGAGAACAAAUGGUCUCGAUAAGCGAAUCUGACAAAAAUACAAAGCCAUAGGCUACCAAUACGUACUUCACCAAAAGAACUUACAAAUGGAAAAGCAUAAAAAAUCCAAAAUCUAAGCUGACCACUCACAACUGAACUUCAGUUCAGAGCUGCCAGAAAACAAUUGAACUCCUAGCUGAAGUUGUUCCUCUCUUACCCUGAAAGUGGCCUGGGUCCAGUUCACCUACACCGACACUAGCACUACUACGAAUUUCAUAACUUUUAUGCUGCCGGCAAGUGAAACUGUGAGCAAUGCAAUUCUUGGUAAGUUACAUGUAUAAAAUGAUGUUUUAAAAUUCAUAUGGGCAGAUAUCAAAUAAAUGCAUAACUUGUUUUCCAUAGAUGCAAACAAUUUUUACUAAAUGUGCCAUGUUUUCCAUCCAUUUAGAUAGCUCACAUUCCUAAUCCAGAGACAGUACCAAGGAAUGAGAGCUUGUGACAGGUGAAAGAGGACUCUCUAUAGCAGAGUGUGCUGCAUUUCCCAGCAGCUAUUUGGCUCUCAAUUUGAUGGCACUUAACUGGGCAUAAAGGCAUCCUAUACUGUCAUGCUUGCACGAGAUGACAAGUCAACUGCCUGUGUGCGUGACAUAGUGGCUUCAAUUGUGCGAGAUGCCUGGGCAAAAGCACAAGACUGGACAGUUGCAUGGAAAACUGGAAAGACUCAACUAAAAUCAGUUGUUGAAUCUCUAAUCAACCUUCCAGAAGAUGAACAAGUUGAGCCACUUGUUCAUGAGUCAGCUCUCCAGUUGCAUACUUGCAUUACAAAAAUGCAAGCUUGUGUAAGCAUUUUAAAUGAAUUGCUAGAAAAUCUGAUAAAAGUAGAAAAGCUACAAACUGGAAAAAAGUGCAACCAACCUCUCUUCUCCACUCUCACCCUGCAUCAAAUGGCUUGUGUGUUAGAAAGUGUAUGUGAAGACUACAGAAAGGAGACAGAAAUAAAGGCAGGAUUAUGUACAGUACUUCCUCACUCUCAUAAUGUUGAUACCCUCAACACUGCUCUCACACUUUGGACUCAUCAUGUUCAUCUUGUGACACAUCAGUUUCCUCUUAAGUCACUGCUGCGAGAAACACAGCAGUUGUAGCUUUAGUAUAAAUAAAUAAGUUUUACUGUGAUAUCUUUUCAUAUGUUGCUUCAUUGAGCUUCAUUUAUGUCAGACAGAAAAGUCUACUAGUGCAAAAAUCUGUUACACAAUGUUCAAAUGAUAUAGUUUUAGUAGACUGUUCUUAACAAUUUAUUUUUGGUGAUAUUAAUGUAAUAAAAUUAAAGAUUGAUCAUUAAAUAUCAUGAGAUUUUGGGUAUCCCACACCUUUAAAUAUUUUAAGUAACGUUUACAAAUACGUACUACAGUUUGAUAUAUACUUAUGGAAAGGUUAGCAUCUCAGAUUUCACUGGCUACUCAAACACCACACUUUAGUAUAAUCUAAAGUGUCAAUCCCCAGUAUUCGUUGGUGAUGGGGACCAAAAAUACCCGUGACUAGCUAAAAUCCACAAAUACUUGAAACCCCUUCUAAAAACACUUAUAACUGCCUAUUUUAAUUGUUCAAACACCAAAGACACCCUCUAAAAUUACUUAUAACUGCCUAUUUUAAUAGUUCAGACACCAAAUACGUAUACCUUAAACUAUUAUCAUAAAACACUUUACAAUCAACAAUCAUUUCACAGUCAUCUGACAGCUUUGCUUUUAAAACUAUACAGCUUAUAGCUAUGUGUGAAAAC